CCACCGUCAGCCCAAAUGAGAUGCCAUCAUCAUUGACACGCGUGAGAAUGGUGUCCAACUCUCUCCAUCAGACAAUAACAAGGAAACUUAUCAAUUCAAGGAGUGUUGCUUCAAUAUUGACCGCUUCUAGCCACGCCAUUUUCUUUUCAACUCUACCCCGAAUGGCACAACCUAUCCUAUCAUGUCCUAUUGACGCAGAGCCACUUGACCGCUAUAAAAAAGGUGGCUACUAUCCAACUACACUAGGUAGCUUCCUGGCGGACGGGAGAUAUAAGAUACUGCAUAAACUAGGAUGGGGGGGCUACUCAACAGUUUGGGUUGCAAGAGAUCAAAGGGAAGAGACUUAUGUCGCCGUCAAAAUCUGCGUAUCUGAGGAAAGAAACGAUAGAAAUCAGCGAGAGCUCGAUGUUCUGAAAAAGCUGACAUCGACACACUCCAGCUCUCGACAUAUUAUGCGUAUGCUUGAUCACUUUGACAUAGACAGUCCAAACGGAACGCAUCGCUGCCUAGUCCUUGAGCUUCUAGGCCCAAGCGUUCCUGAUAUGAUAGAAGCACGCUUCACGGAUGGAAGGCUUCCUGGAAACCUUGCGAAAGUUGUUGCCAAACAGGCUCUAUGUGGACUCGAUCUUCUACACGAACAGAAAAUUGCACAUGGAGAUCUUCAUACUCGUAACUUAGCUUUUGUUAUGCCUCCCAUGGACAAAAUUCCCGAGCAUGAAUUGAUCAAAAUAUUAGGGAAACCAGAGAUCGGGCAUGUCAAGAGAAAUGAUGGUAGGAGUUUAGGGCCUGGUAUACCCGAGUAUAUCGUUAGACCUGCAAGGACAUGUUCAUGGCCUCUAUCACACACGAUUAAACUAAUUGAUUUUGGUGAAUCAUUUUUGCAGCACAACGUUCCUCAGACUCUUCACACGCCACUGGCAGUCCGGGCACCUGAAGUUAUAUUCCAGGACCAUUUGGAUUAUCGCAUUGACCUCUGGAGCCUGGGAUGUAUGCUGUUCGAACUAUUCGUCGGCCAGCCUCCCUUUGAUAGCUUGUUCACAACACCCGGGAUUCUUGUUGAACAAAUGCAAGAGAUUACAAAUGAAGCGCUACCGGAAAGAUGGCUGGAUAUAUGGGCAAAAAUGCGUGAUGGCGCUGUCACGGAAAGCUCGGGGCCUGGAUUACAAGAAUGGUUGGAGCAGGUAUAUUUUGAUGGCGAGCAAAAAGAGGACCUGACAAAGGAGGAUAUUGUCAAGCUGGGACAUAUUAUUCAAAAGUUGCUACGGUUGGAGCCGUCUGCCAGGGCAUCGGUGAAGGAAAUUGCAAACGACCCUUGGUUCGGAGACUGAAAUAUAAAGCGCAUAUAGUAUUAUGCAUAUGCUGAUGAUACAGAAAAACCGAUAUUUUAUUUUAGGCACACGGUAGCAUACAUAGUCAUUGAAUGUUGGGGUUGCAUUUCACACCACCAAUACCGUUAAUCCGGAGGGAAGAAUCCACUUCAUGCCUAGCCCUGGAUACAGAUUCAAUUGCCUCCCUCGUGUUCGCCCAUGGACUACUGUCUGUGUCAGGAAUAAUGGAAUUUC